AUGGGAUGGGAUGGGACGGGACGGCAUGGGAUGGGACCAAGGCGACUGCCUACGUCGUUGCGCUCCAGCCUCGGCCAGGGGUUGAGGGCUGGGCAAGGCGCAGGGCAACAACUCUGGUUGGGCGCGAAUCCAGUGUCGGAGCAUGAGUCGACGGCGUUCAAGGAGACCGAGGUGGGCAGAGGAGCGGUGCGAAACAAAAAUCGGACGACGACGAAGCGGGAGGCCAACGGCCAGACGGGCGAGUAG